AUGGCAAAGAAUACCGACUAUAUUCCAAUAACCCUGGCGCUAGAAGAGUCUCCUCUUAAAGCGAACGUAUUCUUCAUACCACCUCGUUACCCACCGCGGCAAUAUCCACCAUAUACGUUCAGGAGCAAUUUGCUACCCGAAGUGUUAGAACCGUCUUCGGCGCCGCCGGUACUGGAACCAACAGUACAGAGGACGCAACCUCCUCGUAUAGUGGUGUCUCCUCCAAGACGGAUCACCAUGGCUGAGGGAAAACCGGAUAGCGGCGUACGAGAAGCUUUGGAGGAUAGGGAUCCUCACAGCUUAAACCAGCAUGUACAGAUAGUAUGGGACGAUAUAAUCGGCGAGCCGGAGGGCGCUCGAAGCCCGGAGUGCGCGUGGAGGCUGAGCCACGUUUGUUUCCGGCACUCCCGCGACGCCUGCUACACGCUACUGGCCGUGCUGGUGGCACCGCCCUGCGCACUGCUGCUGGGCUGCGGCUUCGCUUGCCUCGCUUUCGAGCAAAUAUGGUGCUCGACGCCAUGCUUGAGGUGCUUGAAGAUAUACUUCGCGUCGCUUCGCACAUUGAUGCAGUCCUGCAUGGCGGCGACUGUCGCACCCGUGAUGGAAGCAGUUGGCUAUGUUUGCCGACACGUCCGCGUCAACCACCGUCAAGAUGCGCCAGAUGAUAGAGACCUGCUAAUUGUGUAG